AUGCUUUUUCUGCCGGAAUCCCAUGGACGUUUUCCGGUAGGGGCGACUACCUUCAAGCUUCCUGUAUCCACGAAAGUGCUGGGCACUGCGAAUAUACACAGGCAUGGUUACAGUGACGGUGGACCUUCAGUGAUACCUGCUUUACAACUCGAUGAAGUCGUAUUCACUGCCUAUUAUCCUGCGGACGUAAAGGGUAGCAAUAUUAAGAAAGGCCUGGACUGGCUUCUCCGGUCAGUAUCGGAAUUACGCUGCCAGCAUGUUAAGCUCACGGUUCUAGUCCGCUGCAAACAUCUCUACAUGGAGCGUACUCAGGCUAGAUCUGAAACUCGUCCUUCAAGUUGGCCUCUGGUAAUAUUCUCACACGGUCUGGGCGGUGGCCGGACAGCUUAUAGUCAAGUGUGCACUCGUCUUGCAUCCUCGGGACGAGUGGUUCUAGCCAUCCAGCAUCGUGAUGGCUCGGGUCACGCAUUUAUUUCAUUGACUACCGGACCCAGACUCUACGUCAGAGAGAAGGACUUGAUUUGGACUUCAGAUGAUGAAAAAACGAUGAUUAAUUUUCGACAGCAACAGCUGGCUUUUAGACGACAUGAGAUAUACCUUGCAUUCCGUAGCUUUAAGCAAUUAAUUCAAGAUGGAUACCAAGGCUCAAGCCAUGGCUUACAGUCCAUAGACAAGAAAUCCAUCGACUGGUCUUCAUGGUCAAGCGACGUCGAUACCAAGGCUGUCGAAUGCGACAAAGACGUCCUCCUUGCUGGACAUUCCUUUGGUGGUGCUACUGUUGCAAGUAAACCAUAUUUACGAAAUGUACAGCGACUUAUACCAGCUAUGCAGUUCACAAUCCUUUCUACGGAUCCUCCUGCCGACGUCUCCGCACCCAUUCCUGUCCAUAAAGCCUUGAUUUUGGAUCCUUGGCUAGAACCGAUCCCUUCCCCUGGCCCAUCCCCACCUCCUCAUGGAUCAGGCGAUACUUUGCCUCAGUUGCUUGUCAUAAACUCUGAGAAAUUCAGCCUGUGGAAGGAUCAUUUCGCACGACUGAUCGGCGUGGUGCAAGCCUGGGAGCCCGAGAAACGGAGAGUACUGACCAUCUUGCGCUCACAGCACGAAUCAUUCUCGGAUUUCCCUCUCCUUCCGCUUGUUUCUCGGAGAGCUGCACGCAUAGUAAUGGACAGAAUUAUGGAAUUAUCAGAGGCAUUUAUAGAUGGUAGCGUAGACACGUUUGUGGACGAAACUGCGACUAGGAAGAUGGAAAUCCGUAUAGUCGGGAAAAAGCCAGACGGUUCACCACAACGACAGCUUGUGGGCGAGUCUAAGGACCAUCAUCUACUAAUGGCUCCUCCCAAGACCGAUCCUGCGGCAUCAGACACUUCCAUCCCCCUCUUUAAGUCUAUAGGUCUCUCUCAGGCCAAGGCGGCAGAAGCGGCAAAGAAUGCCAAAAGCGCCAAUGUCCUUCGCAAUCUGAUCGUUUCAUACGAUCUUGCCGAAGCUCACCUUGACGACAAGCAGGCCACGGUCGUCACCGCACUUGCUGGUCAGCUAGCCAAGACGGAAUCUGUAGAGCCCAGCGAACAAGCUUUCGCCGUCAAGGCAAUCUUGCAGGGAAAGCUCAAAUCCGUUGAUCAGGUUAAUGCUGCUGUCAGGUACCUCGAGAUAUCUAAAGCGCCCAUUAACGAGCUUGAAUUCGAUACGGAGUGUGGUGUCGGCUUCAGCAUCACUUCCGAAGAGCUCUAUGAUGCAGUCACGAGUUACAUCCGCGAGAAUUCCGUCACUGGUUGGUCCAACCUUGGUUCCGUCAUUAGUGGAGUCAAGGCCAGCCCAGCUCUUCGAUGGGCGAACCCUUUGGAAGUUAAGAACGUCGUCGAGAAGGCGUUUACUGAAACCUUUGGUGCGAAAGAGGCUGCGAAGCCAAAAGCUAAGGACCCUAAGAAAGAGAAGGCUCCACAGCCAACGGCAACUGCAUCAGAGGCUGAUGCUAGCUCUAGUUCAUCCAAUAGAAAACCCGUAUUUGAAGAGGGAUUCUUGGGCGCUUUGCACAAGCCAGGAGAGAACCCUCAGACCAGACCCGAACUUCGCGAGCAGCACCUGCGCGCGACUGAUGGUCAAGUCUGGACACGUUUCCCACCGGAACCAAACGGCUAUCUGCACAUUGGUCAUUCCAAGGCCAUCUUCGUGAACUUCGGUUAUGCUGCGCAUCAUGGGGGGAAGUGUUAUUUACGCUUCGACGAUACUAACCCGGAGAAAGAAGAGGCCAGAUAUUUUGAGAGCAUUAUCGAGGUUGUCCGAUGGCUGGGCUUCGAACCCUGGAAGAUAACCUAUUCCAGCGACUACUUUGAUCAGCUAUACGAUCUUGCUAUCGAGCUCAUAAAGCGCGAUAAAGCUUAUGUCUGCCAUUGUACUCAGGAGCAAAUCAAAGCUGACAGGGGCGAAAAGAUAUCAGCUCCUAAAGCCUGCGUGCAUAGAUCACGGCCGAUUCAAGAAUCGCUGGAUGAGUUCAAAAAGAUGACUGAUGGUUAUUAUCGACCCAAGGAGGCCAAUCUCCGGAUGAAGAUGGAUCUGACAGAUGGCAACCCUCAGAUGUGGGAUCUCACGGCGUAUCGUGUUUUAGAUGCAACCCACCAUCGUACCCUGGAUAAAUGGAAGAUAUACCCCACCUACGAUUAUACACACUGCCUCGUGGAUAGCAUCGAGAACAUCUCCCAUUCCCUCUGCACCACAGAAUUCAUUGCUUCACGCCAGUCAUAUGAAUGGCUUUGUGACGCCCUGGACGUGUAUAAAGCGAGGCAAUCAGAAUUUGGUCGUCUUAAUCUUCAAGGGACGAUCAACUCAAAAAGAAAGAUUCUCCAGCUGGUAGAUGAAGGCUACGUUAGCGGAUGGGACGAUCCUCGUCUCUACACCCUUAUUGCCCUCAGAAGGCGAGGCGUACCUCCGGGCGCGAUUUUGUCAUUUGUCAGCACGUUGGGUGUCUCAACGGCUGCCUCAAACAUCCAAAUUGCCCGCUUUGAACAAACUGUGAGGCAAUACCUGGAAGGCAGUGCACCACGUCUCUUCAUGGUCAUGCGCCCUCUCAAAGUCAUAAUCGAGAACGUUCCCGACGACUACCUCGUAAUUGUGGACAAACCAUUCCAUCCCAAGAAUCCCCAACUCGGAUCUUCACAGAUCCCAUUCACCCGCACGAUUUACAUCGACGCAGAUGACUUUAGGCUGGAAGACUCAAAAGAUUACUUCCGCCUUGCUCCUGGAAAGAGUGUUGGUCUAUUCCAAGCACCUUACCCAAUUACAUGUACAUCGUGCAAGACUGAUUCAGUUACUGGUGAGGUGACGGAGGUGUUCUGUCGUCUUGAAGAUUCUGGCACUCCUCCGAAACCCAAGGCAUAUAUCCAGUGGGUCGCAGAACAUGCAUCUUCUGGAAGCCCUGUUCGCGUCGACGAGACAAGGAUAUUUCACCCUCUAUUCAAGAGCGAUAACCCACUGGCGGCUGUCCCCGACUUCAAGGCUGAUAUCAACUCUAACAGCAUGGAAGUCAUCAAAGGCGCCAUGGUGGAAAUCAGCUUCUGGCCGCUUGCAAAGCGAUCUAUCGCCGAUGCCCUCGAGGAGGCUCGGGCAAGAUCGGCAAAAUCCAAAGCAAUCCCAGGUGCGGGCUCCCACGGCGCAGACACUCCAGAAAUCACGCCAGAGCAGCUUGUCGGAAAGGAGUGUGUACGAUUCCAAGGUCUGCGUGUCGCGUACCUUGCAGUAGAUUCAGACUCUCGCUUGGGUGCUCUGGAGGAACCCUCAGAUGUUACUCCUGGAAUCAGGCAAGGCGAUUAUUUGGUACUCAACCGCAUUGCAAGUUUGAAAGAAGAUGUUGGAAAGGGGAUGUGA